UUCUUCGUUUUUAUGUUGCAGUUAACAAUCUGUGAUUAUACCAUCGAUAUAGUGAACGGAGAGUGGUCCAUAUUUUUGCUUAAUACUGCGCACUUUUUGAAUUUCUUGCACCUAAAAACACAAUAGCCUUCGUCAAUACCAGUCUUCCAUCGCACAGCUCUCGAGUUGUGUCUGAAUUAUUCUUAGUUACUCAGACGACGUAAGCUUGGCAGAUGCUUGUGUAAAUUUAGUGCCUGUGCGUUGUCCUGCUUUGGUGUUGUGCUACAUGAGGCGUGAAGGUGUUACCGCUCGAAACAGGUUUGAACGCACCAAGACGAAAACGUUCGUUGUUUUCCGAGAACUUAGGCUGGUGUUGUAAUACUCCGUUUGCCGACAAGAAAAUCUCGUUGCCAGGUCACUGGAUACGACCUGACAUUUACGACAGUUAAUAUAUAAUUUAGACAAAGAAUUUUAUUUGGUGUGAAAACUUGAAACGCCAGAGGACCUGCGUGAUGAACACAUGAGCAGCGUUAUAGACAUGGGGUGGAGUUGGAGGAGCACUGGAACUAGGCGUGACAACAACCACCGUCAACGCCAGCAGAACUCCUUAUCUAACGCGCCUAACCAAGACUCUACUGAGAAUAUGAGCAGUAACAAUUCUACACGUAACAUGCAAAAUGAUCCGCAGCUCCUGGAGACACAUCUUCACACGCAUAGACGUGCCAGCAGCGACUGCUGUUUGCACCAGAUUGACGGCAGACCGCAUCACAAACUGCAUAACACAUCUGCUGUAGACAGCCUCGUAGACAUGAGACUGCCUCUAAGGACCUCGAACAGCUCCUCCUCCACAGGUGUCAACUCCAUCUCACGUCCUGUGACUCCCCUUGCCAUUUCUCGUCCCAACUCUCCUUUGCUGGGUGCCCUGUUGCAAGAUUUGCGGCGCGCUGUUUCCCCAACUUCAUCCUCAGACGCUGUUACCCCCACCUCGUCUUUGAGACCUGUAACCCCCGUGCUGGGGUCGAGCUCUACCUCGUACUGCCCACAAAUUCACCCCCACUGCGCACAUCUUCAUCCAUUACACGAUCUCCCCGGAAACCGCUCUUCGUCCCGCGCUUCGGUACCCGAAAUCCUCGUGAGCGAUGACUAUGGGUCGCCUUCCUCCUCGACGGGCUCUUCCCCUCUCUCUGGGGACUCGGGGCUUGAAGGCGGCUAUACACUCAGGAAGAAGAACCAUGAGGACCUUCACCAGAGCUCCAGCAGACGCAGGUCUCCCAUGACGGGACGACGGGGAGUGGGGACGGAGGGCGGCACCAACACUCCCCCCACCAGCAGUAGUAGCAGCGGCACCACUCCACUUCAGGGGCGUGCUAGAGCCCACACCUCCGUCCCCUUGUCUGGCACCUCUGUGUCUUCCCCCUUCACUGAUGACAUCCACUCCUCCAAUGAGGACGGUGACUUGGAUGGAGGAGGGAUGUCGUCAGCCAUCAGCAACGGGUCAGGUGAUGGCGCUGACAUACUGCGCGGCGGCAGCACCGACACCGCUGACGAGGCUGACAGCAGCCGUCCUGGCCAGCAGCAUCUUGCUGACAGGAUGAAGGAAUUGUCAGAGGCUCUGCAGGCCAAGAUGCUCAAGACCAGAGACCUCAUCAAGCAGGAGCAGAAGGCCAGAGACGACAACGUGAACGAGUACCUGAAAUGCGCGGCAUCAGCGGACAAGCUGCAAAUCUCGCGCAUCAAGGCGGUGUUCGAGAAGAAGAACCAGAAGAGCGCGACAAGCAUCCAGCAUCUGCAGAAGAAACUUGAUACCUACCAGAAGAGGCUGUUGGACUUGCAAACUCACGGCCUUGCCACGCAACACAGACAGCCCAAGGAAGUCUUACGCGAUAUGGGACAAGGCUUGAAGUCGGGUCUAAUCAGCAAGCCGCGCGAGUUUGCACAUCUUUUAAAGAACAAAUUCGGCUCCGUGGACAACAUCAAAGAGAUUCUCAGUGAUGAGGAUCGUGACGAAGAGAAAACCCAUCACGGCUCGGCCACCCUCCCGCCAGGGGUGUCCCUGAGCUCCAUCUCACCCAACACUGUUGCGUCUGCCACUGCGGCAGUUGCCACUAACUGCAUACUCCAGCAGUCCGCAACUGCGUCUCAAAUCCUUCCUAUUAAUAUCAAUAGCAGCAGCGGCGGCGGCGGUCACCACUCGGGCGGCGGUGGGGGCGGCGGCAGCAGUGGUGGAGGUGGCGGUAGUGGCGGUGGUGUACCUUCAGAAGAAGACUCAGAGUGUAACUCAUCGUUGACUAGUGAGAGCAUCCCGGGUCUUGCUCACCACACCCACCACCUGCAUCACCACCAGCACCUUGCAUCGCCGCGAGCAGUUACUAAUCAGAAUUUUUGCGUGCAGGACGGCAGCGGAGUUGACCUGGGCGGCUACCUCGCCAUGGAGCACAUCUUGUCCGCCACCCACGAGACCAGGAGCGAAAUGGAGCGACUGCGCGAGGAGAUUGACACCAUCAAGAGCGCCUUCCUGGUGGAAACGAGCGCUCUGCACGAGAGACUCAACGAGGAGCGAACGCGCGUCGAGCAGCUGGAGCAACAGGUAAACGACCUCACUGAACUGCACCAAAACGAGAUGGAGAACCUGAAGACAACGAUGACGGACAUGGAGGAGAAAGUCCAGUACCAAAGUGAAGAACGCGUCAGAGAUCUGCAGGAGAUGCUGGAGAACUACCAUACCAGGAUAUCUCGGAUGGAGCACCAGCAGGCGCAGCAGCAGCAACAGUUCCUCACGCUGGAAGGCCUGGAGAACAGCAACGCCAGAGCUCUCUUUGUCAAGCUCAUCAAUAUUCUACUCACAAUUCUCCAGGUUCUUCUUCUGAUGGUGGCGACAGCAAUGAACAUCGUAGCACCGCUGCUACAAACCAGAGGUCGUCUCAUCACUACUAUCCUCGUGCUCUUCGUGUGCGUGUUCCUCUACAUACAAAUGCCUGAUCUCAAAGAAUCUUUCUGGACUUUAACUGGAAAAUAUUCUUGGCUCAUGUCUUGGUGACAGUUGUAGUGUAGGGCUCAUGCCUCCUUUAAGGAGCUUCUAAUAAUUCGCUCGUACCUCAGUGCUGAAGUGAAGUGUGUGCUAUUGUCUCUCUAACUUUAAUCACUUGUACCUCAACUAUCGGAACGGAGCGAUAAUUAUCUGUGUUAGUGCUAUGAAUAAUUUAUCACUGGUGCCGGCCCUCUUAUAUAACGAAUAGUGAACGUAGCUUGUGGUAUUAUUAUAGUGCAUCAUUACUUAUGGUGUUUCCACACGAACUCAUAGUAGUUCACUAUAUUGUUCAUGGAGUCGAAUCUCAGUCUGUAUCUGCCAGCGUAUAACUGCUUACUUGAGGAAUGUGCGCCGAAAGAACAUUUCAAUUUCAGUUCUUAUUUAGGAGUUUCGUCAGUAAGUAGUCUAGACAUAAAAGUUUUUCUCUCCUCGCCCUCUUAUUCCGUCGCCGAGUUUUCAUCUAAUGCUCCGCGCAGUCAUCCAUUUAGCAGCAAAAAACAUACUGCGUAAAUAAUCCUCUAUUCAUCCUUAACGCUUUCGUUCUUAAUUCCCACGUAAAUCUUCACUAUAUCGAAGAAUAACUGAAGUGAAAUUUUAAGACUGACCUUCGUAAAAUUUACGACGUAUUAAAUUUCUUUGUAAUAAGUAAUCCGUUCAAUUUCAGAUUCAAAACAGUUUAUAGUUUGGUCCGUGAAUUUGUUCUCAGCUCAUUCACGUUUCGCCUCAUAGCAGAAUAUCUCUAAGAAUCGGAAGUUUGGAAAAAGUAAAUGAGUAUAUGAAUUGUAUUUGUGUUCUGUCCUAUAAAUGAACUUAAGCGUCUUUAUUGUGCCGAAAAUAUUCAUCUAGAGUCGAUCACACUUAUUGUAAUCUAAUCAAUGACGCUCCUUGUGAUCGCUUGUUUUAAUUUAAACUGACUUGCUGGUUUACUUGAUAAUGACUUCAUUGACCGCCUCGCGGUUGCCUUUAUGACUGCGCAAUAACGAAUUGUUAACUUGAUACUCGUAAGUUCUAUUGCCACAUUCCAUGCUUUUUGUUGUCACUUGUUGAAAUGAUACUUCCGUACCUUUAGAUUUUCAUGACGUUUGAAGCUCAUGCUUUCCUGCCUUCUAGUUUGAUUUCUAAUCACCAAUAGUAUGUUUCAAUAGCCUCCAUUUGGGCAUUACCUAAGCUUUUCGUCUCUUUGUUAUUAUUGCGUUUUUGAUGCUAGAGAGAUUUGCACAGCAUUCAUUAGGCGAAUUAGUCCAGUACUUGUUUCAACAUUAUGAAGGCUUGGGUCCUAUUUCCUCCACCUGCCAUUGUACGCAAGACGAAUUCUGCGUAACCCAUCUACCAAAAGGAGAAGGGUUAACAAAACCCAUAAUCUAUUAACUUGUUUAUCUACGUACGCAAUGCAUGAUGCGGACGUGUUUUGUGCUGACUCUGAGAUGAUAUCUUGCAAUCAAAAUUAUUAGGAUGAAUAUUCCAAUGGAACAUUCUCCGUAUUAGAAUACAUGGGCCGAGUUAUGAUGUGCGAACUCUCCGCAAUAUCCGACUGACGAAUGUUUUGCUGUACACUUAUUUACAAUCAUUUCUUGUUUGCACGAAUGACAUCCGUCGAUUGACUCACAUUUUGCUCAUUUUCAAUCAUGAAAUUAGCAUACCGGUAUCUCUGUGGCCAAGGGCGAUGCAAAGGUUUUCUGUUAGUUCAGGGAGCCUUUCUAAUUAUUUAACAGAAAUGUUCAUCUUUGUAACCUUGAUUUAAGAAAAAACUAAUGUAAACAAACUCACAUAAUUUUCUUUUUUUGUGUCCUAAUUACUAUCGUGUGCUCACCAAAUACUUGAAAAAAUAGAGCUGGCACUGCGUUGUAAAUGACUGGAUAUAUUCUAGGAAGAAUGAAGUCUAGCUGUAGCUAAGCUAUAGCCGUGAUUUGUGCAUUAUUAUGACUUAAGUUGUAGUUCGUAUUUCCGCUGUACAAAUGUUUUAGUUUGUGCAAUUGGUUUAAAUUGACUUUCAGGAUCAUUUUUUAACAUCGAAGCAAGCCGCUGUUAAUAAUUACUAGUUUUUACAGGUUUAUCAGGUAAUAAUCUGUACUACAGUAUUAUUAUAAACAGUCGUGGAUCUGGAGCAUGUAAAUCACCAUAAUAAUUAUCACGUUAAUAAAUUGUGAUGGUGACCAAUAAAGAUAUUU